AUGGAGCGAUCUGCUUCGGGUAAAGAUGUUGCAUCGAGGGACUUUACUGAGUCUUCCUCCUCCGGUGGGAUGUUUGAUGCAUCACAGUACGAGUUUUUUGGUCAACAUGCUGGGGAUGGAGUGGAGUUGGGUGGUCUGGAAGAUCAAAAUCCUGUCUUUGGAUCUGUCGGUGACGAAUACCGCUUGUUUGAUAGAGAUGAAGGGGCAAGCUUAGGAUCCUUAUCUGAUAUGGAUGAUUUGGCAAGUACCUUUGCGAAGUUGAAUCGAGUUGUUACUGGUCCAAGGAACCCAGGAGUGAUUGGUGAUCGGGGAUCAGGAUCAUUCUCCAGAGAAAGUUCAUCGAUCGCUGAAUGGGCACAAGACAGUGAAUCUUCUUCCUGGUUUGAUCAACAUGGAUAUGAUUCAGAAAGUUUUCAUGACAGCAGGAUGUCUUCUUUAUCCCUCACCCAACCUUUAUCUGCUAGGCUAUCAGAAUCAAAACCUCUGUACAGAACUUCCUCUUAUCCCCAGCAGCAACAUGGAGAAUUCAGCAACAACUGGCUAGAUCAGCAGAUAUUUGAUACAGAAACCGUUCAGGAAAACAAGAGAUGGUCAUCACAGCCAUCUAUUCAUUUCGCAGAAUCAAAACCCUUACACAGGACUUCUUCCUAUCCUCUACAGCAACACCAGCAGCAUUUCCCAAGUGAACCAGCUCCUUUUCCAAAAUCAAAUUUCACUUCUUUUCCGCCACCCGGUGGCAGAAUUGAUCAGCCACUACAACAGUACCAUAGUGUUCCUUCUCCUUCAGGGGGAUUGCAGUUGCCAUAUUCUGCUCCAAACAUGUCUCCACUAUCCAACCCCAACUUCCAUUUGGCUGGUUUACAUCCUGGGGCACACUUUGCUGGAAAUAUGUCCCAGCAGAUCACAUCUCCUGGCCUUUCUUUUAGUAACAGGCCUCAGAAGCAGUGGCUCAACCAUGGUGGCUUGCUAAACCAUGUCGACCAUUCUAGUCUUUUGCAGAGCGUCUUGCAACAACAGCUGUCUCAGCAUCAGAAUGGGCUCAUGGCUCCACAGUUGUUGUCACCCCAAAGCAGGUUGCACUCUACGGUUCAACCAUCCAUGGCUCAUUUUGCUGCACUGCAGUCUCAACUCUAUGCUUCGCAUCCAUCAGCUCAUAAAUUAAUGCUCGGUUUGGGGGAUGGUAGGGAGCACAAGCAUAAGUCACAUAGAGGGCGUCAUAAUUCUCGGUCUUCAAAUCAGGGUUCGGAUGCUGGUGGUAGUCAGAGAAGUGACAGUGGUCCAUCGAUUCAGUUCAGAUCAAAAUACAUGACAUCUGAAGAGAUUGAGAGCAUUCUGAAAAUGCAGCAUGCAGCUACUCAUGGCAACGACGCUUAUGUAGAUGAUUACUACCAUCAAGCUCGCCUCUCCAAGAAAUCUACCACAGGAGGGUCAAAGUCGAAGCAUCACUUCUGCCCAUCUCACCUGAAAGAGGUUCCUUCUCGAUCACGAAACAAUAGCAGUUCUGAACAGCAGCAGUCGUAUCAUGUGGAUGCAAUGGGGAAGAUUCCCAUACCAACUGUACGUAGGCCCCGCCCUCUCCUCGAAGCAGGCCCUGUUUCUACAGAUGGCAGUGAACAGAUAUCCGACACGCCUCUCGAGAAGGAACCAAUGCUUGCAGCUAGAGUCACAGUUGAAGAUGGGUUGGCCCUGCUUAUCGAUGUUGAUGAUAUUGAUCGGUACCUUCUGUUUAAUCAGCCGGCUGAUGGUGGUGUUCAGCUGAGGCGGCGGCGGCAGAUUCUCCUCGAGAGUUUGGCAACAGCUCUUCAACUCGUAGAUCCUCUCGGUCAGAAGAACCCUGGUAAUAAUACUUCAGCUGGCCCCGCAUCAAAGGAUGAUCUUGUGUUCUUGCGUUUAGUAGCUUUGCCCAAGGGUAGAAAACUCAUCACAAAGUUCCUUCAGCUUCUAAUCCCUGGUAGCAACCUCGUCCGAAUUGUGUGCAUGGCGGUUUUCCGACACCUCAGAUUUUUGUUUGGUUCUGUGCCCUCCGACCCGGCAGCAGCCAAGACAAGCUUGAACCUGACAAAGACAGUGUGUGCGUGCAUCAGUAGCAUGGAUCUUCAUGCACUAAGUUCUUGCCUUGUUGCAGUUGUUUGCUCAUCAGAACAGCCACCAUUUCGGCCUCUUGGCAGUCCGGCUGGUGAUGGAGCCUCGGUUGUUUUGAAAUCUAUCCUCGAGAGGGCAACUAAACUGUUAAUUGAUUCUCAGGCGGUGGCUGCCAGCUGUCAUCCGGUGGUGCCCAACUUUGCUCUCUGGCAGGCGUCCUUUGAUGAGUUCUUUGAUCUGCUGACUAAGUAUUGUUUGGCGAAGUAUGAGACUAUUCUGCAGUCAGUCUAUGCUAAAACACCAACUGGUACAGAGGAUAUUGAUGAAGAUGUACGUGGAGCGACUAAGAGGGAAAUGCCGGUUGAGCUUCUGCGUGCUUGCCUCCCCCAUACUAAUGAACACCAGAUGGAUCUAUUGAGACAUUUUGGACAGCAGCGAAAUUCUCUGACUGAACUGAGUACACAUACGGGUUCUAGCGGAAUCAUAAGUUCCGAAUCAGUCAGAAGUUAA